UGUAGCGAUUGGACUGGUGUCUUGCGCUUCAGUAACAAAAGCAGUGGAGCUGGAGCGUCGUUGCGCCCGCACGGAAAGACCGAACCUAAAAUAGGACAGUUCGGUUGGGUCUGAACUAAAUAACUACACGAGCUGUGCUGAGAAACUGUGCCUCUCCGUCGCUUCUAUAGAAUAUUGGAGAGCAUACUGUGGACUUAUUCUACAAUGAUGAACCUGUGCGUCAACCAGGACUGAGGCUGAUUUGGGUCCAGUCUGGGUGAUGGCUGACGUGCUGGAGCUGAGGACGGAUGGGAACUCUCUGCUAAAAGCAGUGUGGCUUCGUCGCUUGCGCCUUACAAGGCUUCUCUUGGAAGGUGGAGCCUACAUCAAUGAAAGCAAUGAUCGUGGAGAGACACCCCUCAUGGUGGCCUGCAUGUCUAAACACUCUGAUCAGCAGAGUGUUAGCAAGGCAAAACUCGUCAAGUACCUUCUGGACAACAAAGCUGAUCCUAACAUCCAAGACAAAGCUGGGAGGUCAGCACUCAUGCAUGCAUGCAGCCACAGGGCAGGACAUGAGGUGGUCUCACUUCUACUGACCAACGGGGCUGAUCCGAGCCUGGAGGAUCGUCAUGGAUCCUCUGCCUUAGUCUACGCUGUCAACGCAGAUGACAAAGAGACAUUAAAAGUUCUCCUUGAUGCCUGUAAAGCUAAAGGCAAGGAAGUCAUCAUCAUUACCACUGACAAAUCGCCGUCUGGAACCAAAACCACCAAGCAGUACCUGAAUGUUCCUCCAUCCCCCGAGUUGGAUGAGAGGACCACUCCUGCACCAUGUGCCUCACCGUCAGAGAUAGAUCUUCAUGCAUCACCAUCUCCCAGCAAAGAGGAGGAGAAAGACACUGUAUUCAAUUUCCAAACAAAGUUCAAGUCAACCUCAAGCACAGCAGCCAAACUUCCAAAUGGACUUACUUCCCCUAGUAAGAAGCCAGCGAACCCCAAAAGGGCUCGCCUACCCCAGCUGAAGCGACUACAGUCAGAGCCUUGGGGUCUGAUUGCCCCCUCCGUACUAGCAGCGGCAAAUGAAGAGAGCAAGAGAGCAAACUCUGAUGAAGAUGUUGUUGCAGGUGUGAAUGGACUUAGUCUGUCCAGAAGAGGCACGCUGUCCAGGCACAACAGCGUGGAUGGAAAAGAUAUAUUGUUUCCAAUGAUGGGGGAUCAGAAUACAAAAAUCUCUCCAACUUCAUCACUUCCACCAUCUUCCAAAGCCUCCUACGAGAGAUCAAUGGCACAGCACCAGCCCCUGGCACGACGCAGUACUGUCCCCACAGAGCAGGAGGGUUCUGGAGUUAACUUUGGGCCAGCUAGCCUCAGAGACACAUUGCACCGGAGAAGACUGGGAACAGAACACUACGACUCAGACUCCCAGCUGUACUCAGAUUCCAGCAUGUUAGACUCUCCUAAGGCUCCCUUGGAGAGGAGGAAGCUCAAUACAUCCCCUCUUGCUAUGCUUACAGGCUCACGAGAGUCCUUGGACAGCAAUGCCAGUACCUCCUCCCCAAGCACAGCCAGGUGCAGAGCACCUGGUCUACUAGAGCGGCGCGGCUCUGGGACGCUGUUGUUGGACUAUAUAUCCCACACUCGUCCAGGUCACCUGCCUCCACUAAAUGUCAAUCCUAACCCUCCGAUUCCAGAUAUAGGGGCAAGCAGUAAACCCUCAUCCCCGCUGGCAGCAGGUGUCAGACUAAUAGCUCCCGUAGCACCCAACUCACCAAAGAGAGGCAACCUCAGGACGAAGAAGAAGCUUGUGAGAAGGCACUCUAUGCAAGUGGAACAGAUGAAGCAGCUUUCAAACUUUGAAGAGCUCAAUCAUCAGUCGUGAAACUCAGUCUAUGUGGAUGUAGCAACUUUAACAUCAUAAGUCUGAAAUUUUGGGCAGGUGCAACACAGGUGGUAAUAGAAUUUUAAGGUAGUUAGCACUGAAUGUAGCCAUUUAGGGCAAAUGAAUAGGCUAAUAUUCUUGCAAGUAUUAAUCAGCAAAAUACUUUUACAAAAGCAGCUGAAAACCAGAAAAUAAAUAAAACAAAAGAUGCAGAAAAAAAGGUAAAGAUGCUCUUUAGCUCCCAGCUCUUAUAGGUUAUAUUAGAUUCAACAUAUGAUGUAACGUUAUAGUGUAAA